AUGAGAACAUGUGUACCUUUCCACACAAAAUCUGUUGCACCACCCCUCUCAUCUCUUGCUUUUCGUUCAGCAAGUCAUGGCACAAGUCACUCCCUGGACCAUCAUCGACGAGUUGAUUCCGCAUUCCUUUGUAACUACCACCAUCCUCUGGUCCUGCCAUGUUUCUCCGUCGAUAACCCACUGUUCCCAAUUCAUCCACAUCGCGAGCUCCAUGGAUCCGAGUUCAAAAGACUCACACGAGACUCCAUAACUUUCUCAUUUAUAGUUAUGUCAGAAGAGGAAGAAAACUCAAUCAGGAUUAUCACUUGCACAUCAAUUGCUUUUUUAAAAAUGGAAAAACAUCAAUUGCUUUUUGCUUAUGAUCGUAACAUUCUGCACUAG